GACCUCCCUGGGGACAGUGUCUGAGCAGAGGGAACGUGUGAUUCCGUCAAGAUGCCAACGUUGAAGAAACACAGGAGAAAAUCUUCCACUGCCGAGGAAACUUUGAAGUCCCGAGAACAGCAGGCUGAGGCAGAGCUUCGGAAGCUAAGGCAGCAGUUCAGGAAGAUGGUGGAAAGUCGGAAGUCCUCUAACUUCCGUAACCAGCAGAAGAUCAUGAAUCAGUACAAGGAAAUCAAGACCCUGAAGGCAGAGCAGGAGGAGAUCGCCCUGCUUUUGAGUCUCAUGAAGUCCCCGAAGAACAUAGGUCUGAAUGAGAAAAACUACAUGGAGCUGCGUUUCCUGCUGCAGACCAAGGAGGACUACGAGGCCUUGAUUAGAUCCAUGAAAACACUGUUGGCAGAGCUGGAUGAGAAGAUUGCUCAGAUGGAGAAAAAAAUUGCAAUCCAAAAACAGAUCUUCUUAAAAAUGCAGGAGGCCAAUAACCCCCGGAAACUUCAGAAACAGAUCCACACUUUGGAAACCCGUUUGAAUCUUGUCACUGUUCAAUUUGACAAGAUGCUAACCACCAAUGCCAAGCUUCGGACGGAGAUUGAGGAUCUACGGUUUGAGAAGGCUGCUUAUGACAACGUCUACCAGCAGCUCCACCGGCGCAUGUCACUACAGAAGAAAACCAUGAACACGGCCAUUGAGCAAUCUUCUCAGGCCUAUGAGCAGAGGCUGGAGGCCAUGGCGCGAAUGGCUGCCAUGAAGGAUCGCCAGCAGAAGGACAUCUCUCAGUACAACUUGGAGAUCCGAGAGCUGGAGCGUCUCUAUGCCCAUGAGAACAAGCUCAAAUCCUUCCUGCUCAGCAAGCUGAAUGACCGCACUGAAUUUGAGGAGCAGGCCAAAAGGACAGAAGCUCUCAAGAGAAAGAAGCAUGGCAAGAAGAAGACCAAGGGGGAGAGUUUUGAAAGCUAUGAGGUAGCCCACCUCCGGCUGCUGAAGCUGGCUGAGAAUGGGAACCUGAACCAGCUCAUUGAGGAUUUUCUGGCCAAGGAGGAGAAGAACUUUGCUCGGUUCACAUACGUCACAGAGCUCAACAAUGACAUGGAGAUGAUGCACAAGAAGACCCAGAAUAUCCAGAAUGAGAUCAUCCACUUGCAGUCCCAGCAGAAAAUAUCCCAUGAUGAUAGCCGCUCCAUCCUGAAACAGCUCGAGGAAAAACUGAGGAAGACCACAGAAGAGGCAGACACGUAUGAGAGGAAAACCAAGGAGAUCAAUAGGACCCUGGAGCAUCUCAAGAACUCGGUGGAGAAGCUGUUUAAGAAGAUAAACUGUGACGCCACCAAGAUCCUGGUACAGUUGGGGGAGACAGGGAAAGUCACCGACAACAACCUUGCUCAGUAUUUUGCCGUCAUUGAAAAGAAGACCAAUGACCUGCUGCUGUUGGAGUCCUACAGGCGGGUCCUGGAUGUGGAGGGGUCUGAGACUGAUGUCCCAACAACUUUUGUCAACCCUUUCUGGGGCGGCUCUUCCCUCCUCAAGCCCCCAGAACCCAUCAAGGUCACUCCUCCCAUCCUUGGGCCUGACUCCUUCAGUGACAAGUUGGAUGAUGUUGACCAGCCGCUAGACCACAACAGUCUUCGGCAGCUGGUGGUCGACAAUUACACUUUGAAGGAGACUCGUAAGGACAUACGCUUUGACAGUCUGCCUGCAGAAAAGGCGGAUGACGUGAGGUCCAAGAAGAAGUUAAUGGUGUGA